AUGGGCUCUGAAGGACCAACGGCUGUGACAAUUAACAUCACAGGCUUCAAGAAGUUCCAUGGAGUUGCUGAAAACCCAACGGAGAAAAUGGCUACAAACCUGAAAGACUAUUUGGUGAAGAAUAGUCUUUCGAAAGAUGUGGUUCUUGGAAGCUGUACUGUGCUUGAGACCGCUGGUCAAGGAGCUCUCGCUUCGCUUUAUCAGUUGUUACAAUCAUCGGUCAACACGAAAGGGUCAGAGGCAGUGACAUGUGGAAAAACCAUCUGGGUUCACUUUGGAGUUAAUAGUGGCGCUACGAAAUUUGCAAUCGAGCAACAAGCUGUGAAUGAAGCGACUUUUCGUUGCCCCGAUGAAUUGGGUUGGAAGCCUCAGAAUUUGCCAAUUGUUCCCUCUGAUGGUCCGAUCUCAAAUGUAAGAAAGACUACUCUUCCGGUUGAGGUGAUAACAAAAGCAUUGGAGAAGAAGGGCUUUGAGGUGAUACAAUCAGAUGAUGCAGGUCGAUUUGUAUGCAACUAUGUCUAUUACCACUCUCUGAGAUUUGCAGAACAGAAUAAGACCAAUUCACUCUUUGUUCACGUUCCUCUUUUCGUUGCUGUGGACGAGGAGACCCAGAUGAGAUUCACGGUUUCUCUGCUGGAGGUACUCGCUUCUAUUUGCAAGUAA